AUGAGAGUAAAAUUGGGCGCUGGUCAUACCUUACACAGUGCGUACGAGAAUUUGGAGAGAUAUAACUUGACUACGCUCGGUGGAAGAGCUGCGAGUGUCGGCCUUGGGGGAUACACUCUCGGUGGUGGGCUCUCGCACCUUUCGCCUGCGUAUGGACUGGCAAAGGAUAAUGUGUUUGAGUAUGAGAUUGUCCUCCCCAAUGCCACAGUCGCAACUGUGAACGAGCACACCAACCCCGAUCUCUACUUCGCCCUUCGUGGAGGCAUGAACAAUUUCGGAAUCGUCACUCAUUUCACCAUGAGAGCCGUUCGGCAGGCCCAAUUUUACUCUGGACAAAAAUCCUAUUCAGCAGACAAGAGGGACAUCAUCGCAGACAUCGCCUACGAACUUACAACAGGAAGCGGGAAAAGCGACACCGCCAUGUCAUUCUAUUAUGACUUUGGUUAUGAUCAAGAGACAGACAAUUAUACCCUUGCAUUCACGCAGGAAUACUCACGACCGAUAUUGAAUCCCCGGCCAUUUUACAGGUUGAAUCGGGUCCCAUCCGAGUCGAGUAGUCUUCGGAUCGACUGGUCGACAAGUUUCAGUAGGGAGGUAGAUUCGGCAACUCCUCCUGGUGGUCGAAAUCUAUUUGCUACCGUGUCAUACUACCCAUCCCCUGACAUUGACCGUCAAAUCCAAGAUAUCAUGAUUGAAGAGCUCCAAUCUGUCAAGAAAACGCCGGGAUUCCUCCCAAAUCUCGUUAUCCAACCCUUGUACGAAGCAUCUAUUCGUAUAUCGAAGGAGAGAGGAGGAAGUGCCGCUGGUCUAGAUGCUGAUGGUCCGCUGACUGUCGUUCUUUUGACCACGCUAUGGAAUAACGCCUCUGAUGAUGAUGCUAUGAAUACCUUUGUGAACAACUGGGUUGAGAAGUCUACUGCUGCCACAAAAGAUGCUGGGAAGCAUCAUCCGUGGAUGUACAUCAACUACGCAAGCAAAGAGCAAGACCCAUACGCGGGCUAUGGGGAGGGGAAUUUGCAGAGACUGAGGAGGAUUCAGAGCAGUGUUGACCCUGAUGGUGUUUUCACUUCGAAGGGGCUAUGUAGGGGAUUUUUCAAGUUGCUGUAG